AUGGAAAAUAACAAUUAAGAGGAGUCCGAUAUGACCAAACUGUUUGGACUUAGGAAAAAAUCUACAAUAUUUAAAGCACUUUCAAAGAAUAAAAAAAAGCCUUUGUCAUCUAGACUGCUUUAAAAAUGGAAAUCCUAAGAUGUAUAUGGCCGAAAAGUAGAAUUCACUUAUAAAGGAUAAAAAAGGUACAAAACUUUAUUAGGUGCCACAUUCACGUUUAUGUAGAGAGUUAUAAUAACUGUUUUUAUUGUCUACUAGCUGUAUAUGGCAAUAUCUCGAAAGCAUCCAAUAACUCAUACAAAGCCAAUGGUUUAAAGUUACGAUUCAAUGGGUAGUUUUAAUCCACUAGAAAAAGGAUUUGAUAUCGGAUUCAAGCUGAUAGGUGAUAAUAUAGACUAAUUUGAUUUUACUUAUGGUAAAAUUAGAGCUAUUUAGCACAUGAUAUAUAAGGACAAUAACAUUACAAAUAAUAAUAAAAAUAAAGAUGUUUUGUAGGAAUUAUAAAUAGAAAAAUGCAAUUAAAAAAAUUUUUAAAAAAUCUAAGAUUCUGAUUUUCAAAGAUCUGGCAUUGAUACUUUUUACUGUCUGUCAGAUAAUCAGAUCACUUAUGUUAGUCAUAGAGAUAAACCAAUCUAAAAUAAUUAGAAUUCAUAAAAUUUAGCGAGCAUUUAAAUCAUUCUUGAUAAUAAAUCAGUGAAAUAUGUAAGACUGGUAGAGAGUAUAUUUGAUGUCCUAGAAUCAAUUGGAGGAUUCAAGGAGUCUGUUUUCUCUAUAAUUUUCUUAAUAGUAGCAUUCUUUCAAGAAAGACUAUUUAAAGGAUCAUUCAUUAAGCAGUUGUAUUAAGAAAAAUCUCAUAAAAAAUUUCAAAGAAUAGAGACAUAAAUUUUCGCAGCUCCCUCUGGCAAUAACGCUUUUAUGAAUGCAAAGCCUAAAGAAACAGUAAGCAAAUUAAGAACAGCCUUCCAGUAAAAAUUAGCAUCACUGACUAAUUCAUAGCUAAACAAGCCAAGAGUUUCUGACAUGAACAUGAUAGAAAAUAUAUUCGCCAGAGAUUACUUAUCAGAAAGCAUGAUUACAAGAGUCAUAGAUGAAAUUUUAUUGAGAAAAAACUUUAGAUAUGGAUAUAAAUUAGUAAUUGAUUAUUUAGUCAAAAUGGUUUGCUGCAAAAGUAAUAAAAAAUUGAAAACUUCCAGUAGUUACAAAUCUCAUCUAAAAUAUAUCAAAGGAAACGAAAGAUUAGAGCAAGAGUUGGAUGUUGUCAAUUUAUUAAAGUCAAUCAGAUAAAUGAAAUCUCUUGUAAAUUUUCUUUUGCCAAUGAGGAGAAGGCUGCUGCUUAAAUUCUCAAAGAAAAAUUUAUUGUAGACAUCUUCAUCUUCCUCAGACUCUGAUUAUCAUAAAAAUGAUAUUAUCAAGCAUCUUAAUGGAAACAACCAAUUUAAGUGA